AUGAAGUAUUACCACGGAAGGAGCAUAUUGGAUUCUUUGAAUGGAUUCGCCCUUUUUGGAAAUGAAUGCUCUUUAGGCUUGCGUCUACUUGACCUUGGGUAUUCUUUUACUGCCCACGCCCCUUUUUCUCUAGCCGACAGGCAGAGUAUUCUGUAUCUGCUUUCCCGAACCGACGAGUCGAUCCAAAUCCCGGAUAUCGUAAGAAUCAUCUUCCGAGGGUCUGAGCAUCAAUUGAGAGAUGCCCUCAAAUCGGGAAAAGCUUCCCCGAGCGACAUAAUAAACGGUGAUUCUUUGAUUGAGUAUGCAUUUGGAUGGCCAAAGGGGAUUCAGAUCUUACUGGAGGCAGGUGCAGCGCGGAGUCCAACGUGCAGUGAUGUGAGCUGUAUCCGUUAUGUUGAAGAAAACGACGAGGAGGAUACUUAUCAUUCAGUUAAGCUUCUCAUUGAGGCUGGAUGCUUAUUCGACUGGUAUGAUAUUUCUAGAUGCGAGCAGAACGGGAGAAGCAGCAAAAUAAAAUUGCUGCUCAUUAAUGAAUUGGCUGCGCGACGCAAAAGACUCUGGCAUUUGGCCCAGUCUUGCUUACCCGCUGGUCAACUUCCGAAAUUGAUUUCCGACGACGAGAACACGGGCACGACUACGAUAUUUGAUAUACACACCGCAGAAAUACACGAUCGAUUAGUAAAACAAGGAGUAUCCAUCGAUCCAUCCCUACGACUUAAUUUCUCCGAGAUAUGGUACAAAUCUGUUUAUCAUUUCCCAGAAUUCACGGCCCAGACGCUAGAGGAACUAUACCAAAUUGGCUUCAGGGGCAUUACACAGGUAACCCCCGAAGGCUUCAUGCCUCUCGUCAUCCCACGGCCAAGAUAUUAUUCUACCGGGUCGGAACAUAACGAGAAGUGGAAAGGGAUGGAGCGAAUAGCCUGGCUGGUUUCAAAAGGUGCCGAUCCAUACCAAGAACUACCCGGAACCAGUGCAACUGUAACGCAUCAUCUCGGGUUGACGAUCGUCGACUAUUGUUUGGACGCGCUUCCCGGUCGCAGAGAGGUCAAAUUAGAGAACCAGAAGCAUUACCGAGCUUGGAAACGGAUGGUUUCGGAGUUUGGAAAGGAAUUCUUUCUCCUUCCUUUGGUUCGAGAUAGAUGUGUCUGCGCGUGCUCCCCCGAUGGGUGUACUACAAUGUCGGUAACGCUACGACAUAUUAUCGAUUACAUUCCGGCCUAUAGGAUUCACGAACCAGAAUUCUGGUACCGAGAGUUGAUACAAUUCUUACUUUGUUGGACUAGAGGGGAUACAGGAAUUGGCUGGAAGGUUAUCAGAUUCCUGACCUUUGAUGCAUUGGGUCUGAAACAUUCAUGCUGCAUUAACACCCCCACGUACCCUUUCGAUUUCAGUUUCAGACUGAAAAGCAGAGAAGAGGAAGAGGUUGAAGAGAUACUCGACGAACAGAAAUUGGGAUUAAUUGAACUCGAAAAAAUUCUCGAUGAACUCAAAAUCAAGUUUGACGAGCUUGGUCAACCCGUGAUAGAAUUUUUGGAAGGAUACUGGCACACUCGCAUGAUUGAAUUUCUCUCCCAACGCGAUCCCUACGACGAGGACCAUGUCAUUGAAUCAAGACGAAUGGGUGUUGCUCUAGAACCGGAUGAGUGUGUUGUUCCUGAUAGGGUAUCUCUGCUUAUUGGCUCAAAGAUCAUGUAUGAAAUCAGUACAUAG